GUCAGAGUGGUUACCACACCGACGUUGUAGCAGCUGCAUAAUAAAUGACUGAGAGAAUCAUGUUAGGCAUGCCCACCUAACCUAACUUGAAUCAUGCGAAAGGGGAGCUGUUGGAAUUCAAAUAGACUUUCUGGUUCCCAGCAGUCGGCAGUAAUAGAAUGCUUUCAGGAAGAUGACAGAAUCAGGAGAAAGAUGCUGUUUUGCGCUAUCUUGAUUUGUUACAGCAGCCAACUUAUUGGCAUGAUGGAGUGACAGGAAAAACAGCUGGCAUGGAAGAUGAAAGAGAAGAUGUUCAAAAGAAAACAUUCACAAAAUGGAUAAAUGCACAAUUUUCUAAGUUUGGAAAGCAGCACAUAGACAACCUCUUCAGUGACCUGCAGGAUGGGAAACGCCUCCUAGACCUCCUGGAAGGCCUGACAGGGCAAAAACUGCCAAAAGAAAAAGGAUCUACAAGAGUUCAUGCUCUGAACAAUGUCAACAAGGCACUGCAGGUCUUACAGAAAAAUAAUGUUGAUUUAGUGAAUAUAGGAAGUUCUGACAUAGUGGAUGGAAAUCAUAAACUGAUUCUUGGUUUGAUUUGGAAUAUCAUCCUACACUGGCAGGUCAAAAAUGUGAUGAAAACUAUCAUGGCUGGGUUGCAGCAAACCAACAGUGAAAAGAUUCUUCUGAGCUGGGUCCGACAAUCAACACGUAAUUAUCCACAGGUUAAUGUCAUCAACUUCACCUCCAGCUGGUCUGAUGGCCUAGCAUUGAAUGCUCUCAUCCAUAGUCACAGGUAAGUUUAUUUUGAGAU